AUGGCAGAUUCGCAACAACAGCCCGUCAAUGCUUCACUGGGCUAUGCGCAGGGUCAGCCUGCGACCCACGGCAGCGACAUCGCAUUGAACGAGACCGCCAUCGAGCCAAACCUGCAAUUUCCACAGUCUGGCCCGGCAGCACCUACCGACCACGACACGGAGGACUCGAGAACACAGCUUACUGGUAGAAAGCGGACUCUGCAGGGUUCUGCUGCAGACGACGAUGCCUAUAAAGUACCUGAUCAUGAAAGAUCGCGCAAGCGUCUUAAGGAUCGUCAGGAACUUUCUCCCGUAAGGCAAGGUCUGUUGGCUGGUAUCGCUUCAUCUUCUGAGGUACCCGUACCUGCAGACUGUGAGGUCGGCAGCAGUCAACAACCAGCCCCUGCGGGACAAGCAUCCGUCUCUACACAACUGCAAGAUGAGGCCGAGAAGACUCGGGCACCUGGGGCGCAAGCGCUGUCACUUUCCAGCUUUGUGGGCAAUGGUCAUGGUUUCUCUACUGAGAACAGUGCCGCACAAACUGCAGCUCAUUCCCCUCCGCCUGACCCGAGCCUGAAAGCAGUACCUCGAUCUUUUGAACCAUUUCAAAAGCUAAGCACAGACCAAGAGGCAAAUCUGACUGGAGAAGAGAAAGGCCGGUACCUGAAGGCACUGUUCACAGAUUCCAACCCAAGCUCAAAGGAAGCCCCGCGUAGCGCCGUUACCAUGGUCUCUCGGGAACUACCAAAUUCUUUGGAAGAUGCAUACGGGAAUCCCGCCGUGACCAACGACUCACGAAAGGCUAUCCAAAAUUUGCCAUCUCACCCUGCGCCACCGCCAAUCAAGAGACACGGGCGCAAAAAGUUGCAAAAAGUUGCAGUCAAUGUCGGUACUACGGCUCAUCCAGCCACUUCGCAGUCCGAUCAAUUGAGAGACAAAUUGACUGAUUACCUCGAUGCUACUCGCUUGGCUGAAGCGGCAAUUGCGACCGACUUUCCUCUACCCGAAACCCAACGUGAGAUCAAGUCCAAGAUAUCAAAGGGCCUUACCUUAUAUCCCCGACAACCACCUAAAGUCCCAGAAUAUGUAUCUAGGGAGGGGAAAUACAUCUUGUCGGAAGUGUUCGAUCCAGUUGGGAAGCCUUUCAGAGUCGACGAGUUCUCAUUCGAGAUUUUCGCUUCACUUUUCUUGAAGAGACACCCCGGUGCUUCUUUAACCGAUCGAGAACUGAAGGGAGCCUUUGGGACGUACGUAAAUGUAUUCUACUCGCAUAUGACUUCUCCCCCUUUUGGCCCUGUGUUGAAUACAUGUCUCACAACUGCCAAACCUUCGAAGGCUGCAAAAGUCCUUGCAAAUUCUCUGAUUACAGGGGAAGAACCAGCUCCAAAGAGCACAGCAGUAGUUGAAGUUUCGGCAAGACCUGGUGUUGAUGCAUUGCUGCCACCCGUACACACAGCCAUAGCCGUUCUUGAAACAAAAUUCAACGCAGAGAAUGCUAGUAACGAAGUAGACAUUGCGAUGGGCGAGAUAACUACAACCGUCGAAGAUACCGAUUUGGACUUGAAGAAGGUUCAACUGUUUCUCCAACAAAAAUAUUUCCCCUCAAAGAGCCUGACCAUUCAGCAUUGUCUUGCUUGUUCGAGGAUCGGACACAACAACUCUACUUGCCCAUACAUGAGAUGUUCCACCUGUGGUGUCGGCCUCCAUUCGGACUCUACAUGCCCCAAGAAGAAGCGAUGCUCGAAAUGCCGAGAGGUAGGCCAUCAACCAGAUAAAUGCCCAGAGAAAUUAUCUCUUCCACGAUCUGAGAUGUCCUGCGACAUCUGUGGCUCAUCGGACCAUCUCGAAACUCGUUGCCAUCAGGUCUGGCGCAGCUUCGACGCCAAUUCCCAGAACAUAUUGAAGGUACAGCAUAUCCCCUCCAAUUGUUACAAUUGUGGAGGCGAUCAUCUGGGACCAGAUUGCGCUCUGCAACGAGGUCCGAUAUACUCAGGCGGGGUGACAUGGUCGAAACCCAACCUUUUGAAGUAUAUCGAUUCCACAAGUAAAACCAGUGCGCUGUCUGCUGUUAUGGACUACUCCAUUCCGUCCAAAGCUCCCAGAACUGGCCGGGUGAAUGAUCCUAUCAUGAUCGACGAAGACAUAGACGAUGAUGAGUCUUUCAUUCGACCAAGCGUGCAGAAGAACCAUCCCGCUCGAGGCAGCUUUAAAUUCAACAUGCAGGGGCCGAAUUCAGAUAAAGGAAUCCAUUUCCCGAAGGAUGACCGGAAGCUCAUCCCUCCAAAGAACAUGAAUUCAGAGAGAAAACCGCUGAAGAAGAAGAAGAAGAAGAAGAAGAAGGCCAAGCAGCCCCCCCUCCCCGAGCCAAAAGCCCCAAAGUCAAAGAAGGCCAAGAAGGGUAAAAAUUCGGGUGGUGGAGGUGGUGCUUGA